UAGUAGGAGACCUGGGGGCCGGGGCCGCCUCCGGACACCCGUCUGCCGGCUUCUGUCGCGCGGUCGAUUCGGAAGAGCGGCGGCGACCUCGGCCUCCAGCGUCAGGGGAGAAUCGAAGCGGCGGCGGGCGGGAUGGCGUUGCUGGGUUUACUGCAGGCGGGCGGGUCGGUGCUGGGGCAAGCGAUGGAGAAAGUGACCGGCGGCAACAUCCUCUCUUUGCUUCUGAUCGCCUGCGCCUUCACGCUCAGCACGGUCUACCUGCUCCGCCUCGCCGUCGGCUACCUCGCCCCCCCGCCGGCCGGGACGAAAAGUCCACCAUACAUUUUCUCUCCAAUUCCAUUCCUUGGGCAUGCCAUAGCAUUUGGGAAAAGUCCAAUUGAAUUCUUAGAAAAUGCAUAUGAGAAGUAUGGACCUGUGUUUAGUUUUACAAUGGUGGGCAAGACAUUUACUUAUCUUCUGGGGAGUGAUGCUGCUGCACUGCUUUUUAAUAGUAAAAAUGAAGACCUGAAUGCAGAAGAUGUCUACAGUCGUCUGACAACACCUGUGUUUGGGAAGGGAGUUGCAUAUGAUGUGCCUAAUCCAGUUUUCUUGGAGCAGAAGAAAAUGGUAAAAAGUGGCCUUAAUAUAGCCUACUUUAGACAGCAUGUUUCUAUAAUUGAAAAUGAAACAAAGGAAUACUUUCAAAGCUGGGGAGAAAGUGGAGAAAAAAAUUUGUUUGAAGCUUUUUCUGAGAUCAUAAUUUUAACAGCUAGCCAUUGUUUACAUGGAAAGGAAAUCAGAAGUCAACUCAAUGAGAAGGUGGCCCAACUAUAUGCAGAUUUGGAUGGAGGUUUUAGCCAUGCAGCCUGGCUGUUGCCCGGUUGGCUCCCUUUGCCUAGUUUCAGACGCAGAGACAGAGCUCAUCGAGAGAUCAAGAGUAUUUUUUAUAAGGCAAUCCAGAGACGCAGACAGUCAGAAGAAAAAAUUGAUGACAUUCUCCAAACUUUACUAGAUUCUACUUACAAAGAUGGACGUUCUUUGACGGAUGAUGAAAUAGCAGGCAUGCUUAUUGGACUGCUUUUGGCAGGGCAGCAUACAUCCUCAACUACUAGUUCCUGGAUGGGCUUCUUUUUGGCCAGAGACAAGACACUUCAAGAAAAAUGUUAUUUAGAACAGAAAACAGUCUGUGGAGAGAAUCUGCCUCCUUUAACUUAUGACCAGCUCAAGGAUCUAAAUUUACUUGAUCGCUGUAUAAAAGAAACACUAAGACUUCGACCUCCUAUAAUGACCAUGAUGAGAAUGGUCAAAACUCCUCAGGUUGUGGCAGGGUAUACCAUUCCUCCAGGACAUCAGGUGUGUGUUUCUCCCACUGUCAAUCAAAGGCUUAAAGACUCAUGGAGUGAACGUCUGGACUUUAAUCCUGAUCGCUACUUACGGGACAAUCCAGCAUCAGGAGAGAAGUUUGCCUAUGUGCCAUUUGGAGCUGGGCGUCAUCGUUGUAUUGGGGAGAAUUUUGCCUAUGUGCAAAUCAAGACGAUUUGGUCCACUCUGCUUCGUUUAUAUGAAUUUGAUCUUAUUGAUGGGUAUUUUCCCACUGUGAAUUAUACAACCAUGAUUCACACCCCUGAAAACCCAGUUAUCCGAUACAAACGAAGAUCAAAAUGAAAAAUGCUGCAAGGAACUAAUAUGUGAAACAUCACUGUAAACAGAAAAGCAUUUGAAGAAAAUGAAGUUGAUGCAACAACUCUCAGUGUAUUCUUUUUUGUGUUACUUUAAAAGACAGCUAAUUUAAUGGUUUUUAUAUUUUCUUAACUGAAUGGUUCCAUAAAAUUUAAUGGCCUUUCAGACAUUUCCUAAGACCUUAUGAUGGAUAUUUACUACAUAUGCUUUAUUUAAGAAAGUCAAGCUCGUCAGUGAAAACAAAUUGUUCAGGGGGAUCUUGGUUAUUGGCAGAUUCUAAACACAAUUUCUAGGUAUUAAUUUUAAGAGUAUAUGUAACUCUUGGCAAGUAAGUUUAGGGUAUUCAAAUCUUGGACUAAAUCUGCAAAUAUAAAAGCCCAAUGAGAUACUUGGAAGCCUUAGAUUAUUUAUGCACUUCCUGUGUAAUGUUUAGGUGUGUGAGGAUGGGUGGAUAGGGAAUAAGCUCACAUUUAAAGUCUUGGAAGAAAGAGAAUCCUAUUAAUUGUUUUGGUAUGGUGGAUGAUAAUUAGCAGCAAUGGAACUGUGUUGUAGAAAAAUAUGUCCUUAAGAAGUACUGUCUUAUAGGAAAUUGAGGGAGAUCUAUGGUAAUGACUUAAUUACAUUUCCUAAAAAAUAAUAUACUUAUUAAUUCUAAAGACUGCUUGCACUAACUUGAUCUAAUUACUAAAUACUUCAUCAACCUGAUAAAUUUGUAUCUCGUUCCACAUGGUCAUAUCUGUGUGGAAAUCCAAAAUAAAGUCCCUAAGGGAUAAUUUUGGUUCUCUUUGGCUCAA